AUGGCUUCAAACGAGCCAGGCCUUGCGCCUCUCAGUGCGCCGGCUGAGGACCCUAUCAAAGGAGCCGUCGGCGUACCCGUCGAUACAGACACCCCCGUUGCACCGGACCAGUUCGACGAACGUUACGAGACAUCGAAGUGGGAGAUCUGGUCGUAUUACUGGUAUGCAAACUAUUCCAGCGAGGGGACUGAUUUGGAGCGCGACAAUGGCCUCACUCUUUUCAACUUCGGUCCGACGGCUUUCCAAAACCUCAUGUAUGAAGCUGCAGGAGACUCCGAGGUGCUGUACUUCAUGGGCCGAAACCGUACCAUCAACUCCAUUGUGCUUCUCUGCAACGGCAUCAGUUUCGCCAUCCAGGUCCUCGUUUUCUUGAUCCUCGGUUCUUUCGCCGAUUUUGGUACAUGGCGCCCCAACAUCCUGAUAGGGCUGUCCGUCAUUGCUUUCGGAAUCGGAUUUGGCUGGUUAGGCGUUCAUACCGAGGAUAAAUGGCACGCCGGUGUGGGUCUCUAUAUUGUCGGUCUUAUCGCAUACCAAACGACAAUCACAUUCUGGACUGCUGCCUUCCCUGGACUGGCAAGGAACACCAAGGAAUUACGAGUCAAAGCCGAGGAGUUCGCCGAUGGAACGAUUACCCGCGCAGAGUACGAUUUUGCCGAUAUGAUGAAGCGAAACGAGCUCUCCAACACGGCGUUCUAUGUUCAAUCCGUGUUUGAGAUCCUCAUCCUGGCUGUUAUCGUGGGCAUCAUGUUCGGUCUGCACGUCAAUGACAGCGCGGAGAACAACAACUGGGGUCUCUCGGUACUUAUCGCUUUUGCGACUGGAGUUUGGAUCUUGUGCGCUCUUCCGUGGUUCAUCCUCGAGAAAAGACGACCAGGCCAGGACCCAGGACGCGCGAACAUAGUCCUAGCUGGUCUCAAACAGCUUGGAUACGCGAUGCGACAGAUCUGGCAGUUGCGCCAAAGUCUGGCAUAUCUGGCGGGCUACUUUCUCCUCGGCGACAGUCUCAACACCACCGUGACGGUUAUCGGGACUCUACAGAACGAGAUUGUUGCGUACAACAGUCUGCAGCUUACCUACCUGCUUAUUGUAGGUAUCGCUGCCCAGGCGGUUGGCAUCGGCGCCUUUUGGCGCAUCCAAAAGUACUACGGUCUAUCCACCAAGACCAUGUUCAUGGUCGUCGCCAUAUGCAUCGUCCUUCUCGACGGCUGGGGCAUGAUCGGCAUCUGGACGCAACGCUUCGGUUUCCAUAACAAGUGGGAGGUUUGGGUAUACCAGGCUUUCUAUGGACUGCUUGUCUGUCCGUGGUACAGCUAUUCGCAGACCAUGAUCUCCGAGGUCACACCGAGAGGGAAAGAAUUUCUUUUUUUCAGUUUGUUCUCGAUCGUGGGAAAGACGAGUGCUUUCAUCGGCCCACUGGUCAGCUCUGCCAUUAUCGAUGAUACUGGCAACAACAGUAGUCCUUUCUAUUUCUUGUUCGCGUUGAGCCUGGUUAGCUGUGCCUGGCUUUUCUUCUUUGUCGACGUUGAGAAGAGUAGAAUGGAGCAGGAGACUUUCUUGGAGAGGGAGAAGAACACUAAGAUGCACAAUGAGGAUGCUGAGAGCCUUACUUGA